GAAACAUUUGUUUGAAGUUGGUUAUUUCCCAUAUGCUGUGUUCAUUGUAUUGACAUUAAUUUUUAUUCCGGUUUCAAUGGGAUUUUUUUAAGAUCAACAUUAUUAUUAUUAGGACUUGCAGUACGUUAGUAAACAGUAAACACGCUACCAGACACAAACAAGGUCUGCAAUGUCACAGUACGGUCACCCCCAUUACCCACAAGGCCAGGCGGCACCACCUUACCCCCAGCCUAGUGCCCCAGGAGGAGGUCUUCCCUAUCCCCAAGCUCCUGGUCUUCCCUAUCCUGUAGCACCAGGACAGCCUGCUUAUCCCGGAUAUACACCUUAUCCCCAAUAUGGCUAUAGCUCAGCUUCAUACCCAGGCCAACCAAAUCAUCAGUCUCCAUCACGUGGUCAAGCUCCAUAUCCAGCCCCUGGUCAGGCACCAUAUCCAGCCUCUGGUCAAGCACCAUAUCCAGCCCCUGGUCAAGCAUCAUUUCCUGCAGCUGGCCAAACACGGCCUCCAGCCCCUGGUCAAGCACCCAAUCCAGCCUCUGGCCAAGCACCUUAUCCAGCCACUGGUCAAGCACCGUAUCCAGCCUCUGGUCAAGCACCUUAUCCAGCCCCUGGCCAAACACCCUAUCCCGCAGCUGGUCAAGCACCUUAUCCAGCCCCUGGAAAUGUAUCACAAGGCCUGGGGCCGUAUCCACCCCAGACACAGCCACAAGGCCAGGGGCCAUACCCUGCGCCUGGUCAGUCAGCCUAUCCACCUCAAGGCCAGACUCAAGGCCAAGCAAACUAUCAACCCAGAGGUCCAGCUCCUUAUCCAGGUCAAGGUCAGACACUAGUUCAAGGUUACCCUGGGCCACCUGGGUCAACUAAUUCGACCAUGGCUGCUGGGGCAGCUGGAGUAAACAGACCAGGUGCCGACCAGUUUAAAUCCAGGGUGGAGAUUCAGCUGGAAUGUAAAAACCUGUUGAACAAAGACUUACUUUCCAAGUCAGAUCCUUGCGCUGUUCUAUACAUGAUGCGUGGGGGCAGGUGGGAGGAGUAUGGAAGAACAGAGAAUAUAAAGAACAACCUGAACCCAAAGUUUAACAAAACAUUUGUCAUCAACUAUUUCUUUGAGGAAGUUCAGAAGCUGUUGAUUGCUGUGUAUGAUAUUGAUAAUGCCACCCCACAGUUGACAGAUGAUGACUUCUUGGGGCAGCUGGAGACCACACUGGGUCAGCUUGUAUCCAACACCCCAUUUACUGCCAAAUUGUUUCUGAAGAAUGGUAGGCCAGCUGGACAAGGAACCAUCACAAUCAGAACAGAAGAAAUCAAAGAAGGAACUGAAAGCACUUUACUUACGUUUAGAGCUUCAAAACUUGAUAAAAAGGAUUUCUUUGGAAAAUCUGAUCCCUACCUGGAAAUACACCGGGCAGCCCUAGAUGGUAGCUGGCAAAUGGUCCAUAAAACAGAGGUGAUUAAAAAUAACCUAAAUCCUUCAUGGAGACCCUUCCAGUUGUCACUACAGAAACUCUGUGGAGGAAACAGACUUCAGAAAAUUAAGAUUGAUUGCUAUGAUUGGGACAAUGAUGGAAGCCAUGAUUUCAUUGGCACCUGUACAACAACAUUUGAAGAAAUGUCCAGAGCAGCAACACAAGAGGUGACCUGGCCAUGCAUAAAUCCUGCCAGUAAAGCAAAGAAAAAAAGUUACACCAAUUCAGGAACUAUACAUUUAACCUCCUGUAAAAUUGUCAAAGAAUACACCUUUCUAGAUUUUGUGACUUCAGGCAUGCAGAUCAAUUUUACAGUUGGUAUAGAUUUUACAGCAUCAAAUGGAAACCCAUCCCAGUCUACAUCACUUCACUACAUUAAUCCUCACUCACCCAAUGAAUACAUGGCAGCAAUAAAAACUGUAGGGGAGGUGUGCCAGGACUACGACUCUGACAAGUUGUUCCCUGCCCUAGGCUUUGGAGCACGUAUACCACCUAAGAUGGAAAUUUCUCAUGAAUUCGCUUUAAACUUCAACCUUCAGAACCCAUACUGUCAAGGCAUAGAUGGGAUUCUCCAAGCCUACUAUAACUGUAUCCAACAAGUCCAGCUGUAUGGACCAACCAAUGCUGCUCCUAUCAUUCAUCAUGUGGCCAGAUUUGCUGCUCAAGCUCAGAGGGAGGAGGGCUCUAAAGGAGCUCAUGCCUAUUUCAUCCUACUGAUGCUGACCGAUGGUGUUCUAAGUGACAUGUCCAAUACAAAAAGUGCUAUAGUGGAGGCCAGCAAACUGCCCAUGUCUCUCAUCAUAGUUGGAGUGGGCCAGGCAGACUUCAGUGACAUGGAGAUAUUGGAUGGAGACGAUGGGGUGCUAAGGGCAGCUAAUGGGGAGCCAGCUAAGAGAGAUAUUGUCCAGUUCGUUCCCUUCAGGGAUUUCAAACAUAGCAGCCCAGUGGAGUUAGCGCGUCAUGUUUUGGCCGAAGUCCCAAAACAAGUGACUGACUACUACAAGAUGAGGGGGCUACAGCCUAUGGCAAAACCCACAUAGACAGUCGUAUAUCCAGAUGACAGUCUUGUAUCCAGUGAUAGCAUCACUUCCUGGGGGGUGGAACUUUUAAACUUACCAUUACCAAGUACAAAACAUGGAAUGUUUUAUAAAACAUUUUUUUAUAUCCCUGCUUUAAAGUAUCAGUGACAAAGUCUGUACAGGAAAGGUUUAGGUAGGAACAGCUGACAAUGGUCAGCAAUAUUACCCAGGUGUGUCAGAUUAAAAAGAGAGUACAUUUGGCUGUCAGAACUUCUGUUAUCUACCGGUUGUAAAUUUAUCUGUUCAAUGUGAUAAGAAACAAACCAUGUUAUCUAUGCUUAUAUUUUCAUUUAAAUUAUGCUUUUUUUUACUGUUUAUGCAAGUACACUUUCAUUACAAUUUUUAACACAGCUGAAUGAUUCAAAGCAUAAUAUUUUAAACAUCUUAGUAUUUAUUUAGUUCAGUACCAAAUGUAUUCAGCAUUACAUUAACCAUAGGCAUUAGUCAUUCUUUUUCAGUUUUUAUUUCAUCUUUGUAGAUAAUCAUUUUGAUUUCUAUCCUACUUUACAAACACAUAAUGAAGCUCCUUGCUUUUUUUGUGCCUUAAUGCUUUGCAAUUAGAUACCUGUUUUUACUCUGUAAGUCAUAUUUAUAUUGGUUUUGUCAUUAGAAUAUAUUAAUUUGUUAUCUCAGUUUAAUAGAAGGGAUUAGAUAAAUUUUAAAUUUUUCUGCCUUAUGUAGGCCAAACCAAAAAUAUAUAUUAUCUUUCCAUGCCAAAUAGUCAUGCUAAAAUUCAAUUAUUCUACCAUAUAUAUAUUUUUAAAAGUGCUUUAUUGUUCCCCGUAUUAUUUACCCAUUAUAUACUGUUUUCAUAGGUUGUAUGAUCUGAAUAUUUCAUUCUCUCCCAAUUCUUUAAAACAAUUGUUCAUUGUUGUGAUUAAUCCAUAUUUAAAUUGUCUUUAUUGAAUAUCUAUAAUAAAUAAUGCCUUACAUUAAUGGGGCUUUAAAAUAAAAAUCUUGAUCUAUUAGUAUUCUUAUAUAAUAUUUUUUAUUUAGAGAUUGAAUAAUUUUUCAGAUGAUUGCUAUCCUCCAGUUAAAGUUGAAAUAAUAUUGCAUCUAUCAAAGUUUCAUGGUUUGCUCAAACUCAAAAUGUUAAACUGUUACUAAAUACUCCAAUUUUUCUCUUCUCUUAUGCACAUUUUUCUUUAAAACCAAAUGAAUUUACUGAUAAGCUAAAUAUUGAUUAUGAGGAAAAUCGCUUAAAAUUGUUUACUUAAUCGAAACUAACACUAUUUAAAUGUGUAUCUUAUUUUUAUUAGAUGACUGUAUAUAAAGUUUUAUUUAUGAAUAAUUUAAAUUGGAGAGGUUUUCCAAUAAUAAAAACACAA